AAACGAGGGGAGAAAUCAGUCAUGGACUCGACUCCCACCCAUCGAAAACACACCGCAAUGAAAUAUUUUUACGGCAUAAUUAUAUUUUUAGUAUGGUUGGCAUUCGACACAACUGAAGCUGUCUGUGGCUAUGAGUCUUGUCCUGAAACAAAACCCUUCAUGGUCAACGUUCACUUGGUGCCUCACUCCCACGAUGAUGUAGGCUGGCUCAAGACGGUGGAUCAGUACUACUAUGGCCACAAGAACAACAUCCAGCAUGCCAGAGUCCAGUACAUCCUCGACACAGUCAUCGAUGCACUUUUGGAGAAUCCCAAGCGUCGCUUUAUUCAAGUGGAGACCGCGUUCUUUGCCAAAUGGUGGCAGGAACAGAGGGAGUCAAUGAAGCAGGUGGUCAACCGAUUGGUCAACGAAGGUCGUCUGGUAUUCACUGGCGGAGCUUGGACCAUGAACGAUGAGGCGGCAGUCAACUAUCAGAGUGUGAUCGAUCAGUUCACAGUGGGAUUGAAGUUCCUUGAUGAGGCAUUCGGUAUUUGCGCACGUCCCCGUGUUGGCUGGCAGAUCGAUGCCUUUGGCCACUCCCGGGAGCAGGCCUCGAUGUUUGCUCAAAUGGGAUUCGACGGACAGUUCUUUGCUCGCAUGGAUCACAGGGAUAAGAGCAAACGUGCGGAUAACUUGGGCCUGGAAAUGAUUUGGAAUGCCAGCGAGUCCCUCGAUGAAAUGGAACUCUUCACCGGAAUGCUCUACAACCACUACUCGGCCCCUCCUGGCUUUUGCUUUGAUUUGCUUUGCAAUGACGACCCCAUUGUUGAUGGAACGAGCUACGACAACAAUGUAGGGGACAGGGUUAAUGAAUUCACCAAAUAUUUAGAGGGCCUGGAAACGCACUACCGCUCCUAUCACAUCAUGGUUCCAAUGGGUGAUGAUUUUCAUUAUGAAAAUGCCCAUAAGAACUAUAAAAAUAUGGACAAACUGAUUAAAUAUGUCAACAGUCUCCAGUUCAGGUACAAUGUCUUCUACUCAACCCCAAGCUGCUAUCUGCAGUCCUUGCAUCAGACUCUGGAAACAUGGCCCAACAAGACGCAGGACUUCCUGCCCCACUCACAUGAGGCGGACAGCUUCUGGACAGGAUACUACACCUCCCGACCCACCCAGAAACGCUUCGAGCGCGACGGUAAUCACAUGCUGCAGACCGUGAAGCAACUCAGUGUCUUCGCCGGGCUCUCGAGCGACCAGCAAAAGAAGGAUCUGGACUACCUCCGCCAGAUAAUGGGUGUGAUGCAGCACCACGAUGCCAUCACUGGAACGGAGAAGCAGGAGGUGUCCAACGACUACGAUCGCCUGCUGUACGAUGGCAUUAUCGGAGGAGCCAGCAAUGCCCGGGAUGCCCUACGAGUCCUGACCAACCUUCCAGAGGGGGAGUUUGAGAGCUGCCUGCAACUGAACAUCAGUGAGUGCGCUUUCACCAAGGACAGUGCCGACAACGUGGUCGUGACCCUGUUCAACCCAUUGGCCCACACCUCCUCCCAGUAUGUGCGGGUGCCCGUGAGGGAGGAGAGCUACCAAGUGACCGACGAGAAGGGACGCGUGGUUGCCUCUGAAGUUGUCCCAGUGGCCCAGCCCGUACUGGCUUUGAAAUACCGCGAGAACAACACUCAGCACGAGCUUGUGUUCAAGGCCUCCGUGAACAAGAUUGCCAGCUACUUCAUCAAAAAGAUAGAGAAGACUGAGAGCAAGAAAAUCGUCCUGCACAAUAGAUUGAGAAAGGACGAGACUCAAUCCGAUGUUGAUUCGGAAACUGUGGUCCAGACAUCCCAGAUUAAACUGGUGAUCGACAAUUAUACUGGUCGCUUAAAGACCAUUCAGAUGAACGGUGUCGUUGAGACGAUUGAGCAGAACUUUGGAGUGUUCAAGACUACACGAUCGUGCCACUAUAUUUUCCGUGAAGAUGAACCCAUGGAUGUGCUGUCAGACGAUAUUGAGUUCGCAGUAUACGAUGGGGAUUUGGUAAAGGAGAUUCAUCAGCAGGUGGACGAUUACAUCUCCCAGGUCAUUCGGAUUUAUGAAGGAGUCAAUCGUGUGGAGUUUGAAUGGCUGAUCGGUCCUAUCCCAGGGUUUGGCAGAGAGAUCAUUACUAUUUUCGAUAGUGGAAUCUCAUCAGAUGGCGUCUUCUAUACCGAUUCCAAUGGUCGCGAGAUGAUUAGGCGAGAAAGAGACAAGCGCGAAGACUUCAGUCCCGACUUGGAGAAGCAACCUACGAGUGGUAACUAUUAUCCAGUCACAUCCCGCAUUGCCCUGCAGGAUAAUGCCAAGCGACUGGUCCUACUGAAUGAUCGCUCUCAGGGAGGAUCGAGUAUGAAUGAUGGACGAUUAGAGAUUAUGCUCCAUCGCCGUAGCUAUUUCAGCGAUGGCUCCGGUGCUGCAGAAGCCUUAAACGAACAGCAGUUCGGUGAUGGUCUUAUUGCAAGGGGAAAACUGUUUCUCAUUCUCAAUGCAGUGGCCAAAGAAAAUACUAUCGCUGAGCGUCAGGCUGAGAAAGAGAUUCAUUUGCCCUUCUGGAAGUUCUUCAGCAAAUCCAAGAACGCAAUUAGCAACGCUGUACCCAAGCUAUUACCCGACUUUAAUGACUUGCCCCAAUCGGUGCAUCUGCUUACCCUUGAACCCUUCACCGAUGACGAGAUCCUCUUGCGCUUGGAGAACUUUCUGGAUCGCAUCGAAGGAAAGGUGGUUAGCUUCAAUAUUCGCUCGAUAUUCGAUAGCUUGGGCGGUAGCGAGAUCCGCGAAGCCACCUUGGAUGGCAACCUGCCUUUGGAAGAGAUGAAACGUAUGAAAUUCCAUCAUUAUGGAGCCGGCCCUAUGCCCCGAAAAGCCGAGUUCUUCAUGUCGCAACACAAGCCCUUGUCGGCGAACAAAUCUCAUGAGGCCUCCGAGUUCAGUGUGACCCUGAACCCCAUGCAAAUCCGUACAUUCAUCAUCCGAAAGGAGCCAGUUUAGUUGAACCCUGAUGCCAAUGACUGUGUAAAACAUGAUAGAUAAAUUUUUUUGAACGUGCUAAUAAUAAAUAGAGAAAAAUAGAAGAUUA